GCCACCAGAAGACAUUUUGAAGGUACAGCCAUUAUCCGUUUUUGUGAUGGUGAGCGGUAAACGGUUAGAAACUACUAUAAGUCUGGUCACCUUCCCAUCAAAAGUUGGAGAAGUAGGAGACGGACUGUCAGCGAGUUGUGGCAUCUUGGAUCUAAAAAUUGGGAAUCGAGAUUUUAAAACUUUAAAAAAUACUGAGCA